GAUCUCGAAGCUGCAUUGUGAUGACCGGCCGGACUGCAUUUCUAUAAAAACCCAUCAGAGCUCGAACAUAAAUUGACAGCGACAUACGUGCAAGGCAAGAAAGAAACCACAUUAGUAGAAGGCGAGCAAAAUGAAGCUAUUCCCGAUUGUACAUGAUCGCCGACGGGUACAUACGAGUGUCAGCCUUUCACCCGACUUCCAUAGGGCGAUUUGUCACGCACUCUUAUGCUCGGGCCCUGGGUAAUUCGAAUGUCCGUUACUUGCUUCGAAGCCAAAAAGGGAGUCUUGCGACCGCAUAAAGACUCCCCCAACGCCGUCAUGCCCCUUAGUCCUCCCCGCACUCGAUAUCGUCUCAACCUACCUGCUCUCCAUUCAUGACUCAUUGGCUUGUCGUUCAGCUCGUCGCAUCCGCGGUCUUGCUGUUGCUGUGGAAGAUAUGGCGAUCGAAGCACGUCUUGGACAACAUUCCUGGCCCUCCGAGGCAGUCCUGGUUACACGGAAAUGUGCUGCAAUUUGCCACUCGCCAUGCGUCAGAUUUCCAGCGGCACGUCGCAUUCGCCUACGGAUCGGUAGUGAGGCUCCACGGUGUUAUGGGCGCACCCAUGUUGUAUGUCUCGGACCCGAAGGCUCUGCACACUGUCAUCAUGAAGGAUGAACAUAUAUAUCAGGAAUCAGACACGUUCAUUGUGAUGAACAACCUUAUAUUCGGUCCGGGACUAUUGAGCAAUUUCGGUGAACACCACAGAAAGCAACGGAAAAUGUUGAAUCCCGUGUUCUCUGUCGCACAUAUGCGCGGCAUGUUGCCUCUUUUCUACCGAGUUGUAUACAAGCUGCGAGAUGCCCUCCAGGUCCGAGUGGAUGAUGGUGCGGAGGAAGUCGACGUCCACAACUGGAUGUCACGCGCCGUGCUUGAGACGCUCGGACAGGGCGGUCUCGGCUACUCGUUCGAUCCGUUGAUGGCAGAUCCUAAGGACGAUUACGGCGACGCUAUCAAGUCGCUCAGCAUGCACACGCAGGCUAUACAGAUGUGGCAACGCAUUGUUCCGUACCUGGUCCAUCUAGGUCCUGCACGGCUCCGUGCUUGGCUUUUGGAUAGACUGCCGGAUCCGGACAUCCGUGGCUUCAAGAAGGUGGUCGACACGAUGGAUAGGAGAUCCAGAGAAAUUUACCGAGAAAAACAAACCGCUUUCCAUCAAGGCGACGAGACGCUCGUACAGCAGAUCGGAGAAGGAAAAGACAUCAUGAGCAUUCUGAUGAGGGCAAACAUGACUGCAAACGAGAACGAUGAAUUGUCCGAAUCGGAGCUCAUUGCACAGAUGUCGACAAUCAUAUAUGCAGGCGCGGAUACGACGUCCAACGCUAUAACUCGUAUGCUACAUCUGCUAGCAGAGAAUCCAGACGUGCAAGACAAGGUCCGUGAAGAGGUCCUGGCUGCUGGUGCUGCUAAGGGUAUCUCAUACGAUGGUCUGAUCCGCCUACCGUAUCUCGAUGCCGUAAUCCGGGAGAGUUUGCGCCUCUAUCCGCCCGCCACGCUCCUCUCACGCGUGCCCAACCAAGAUGCCAUUCUUCCUCUAUCGGAACCCAUUGUCGGGAAGGAUGGCAAGAUCAUGAGCGAGAUACCCAUUCCGAAGGGUACAGAGAUCAUCGUCGGUGUGCUGGGCUCAAACGCUAGCAAGGCUUUGUGGGGCGAGGAUUCCCUCGAGUGGAAGCCGCAACGUUGGCUCUCGGGGCCCCCCAAAGGCGUCGCUGAUGCUGGCAUACCUGGCGCAUAUUCGCACCUGUUGACAUUCAUGGGAGGAAAACGGGCUUGCAUCGGCUUCAAGUUUGCAGAAAUCGAAAUGAAGGUUCUACUGUCGGUCUUGCUUUCGACAUUUGUACUCGAACCGACCGGAAAGCCUAUUGAAUGGAACAUGUCGAGUAUCUACUAUCCGACCGUAGGGAAAGAGAGUAACAAGCCAUCUUUGCCGUUGAAGAUACGCUUUUACAAGGAUGUCACUGCGUAGGUGCUCUGCGUGUGUACCUACAACUUGUAAGGCUAGGCGGAUGUAUUGAAUCCUUAUAGAGACCGGUCAUGACGGGUCACGUUGCGUCGUAGCGAGUCAGACAACCGGUUCAGUCCUGUAAAUAUGAUGUUGUUUCUUAUAGCGAGAGCACUAUAAUGAAUAUCUCCAGAGUCCAG